AUGGCGCCUUCAGUUCUCCAGAACGGUGGAUUCAUUCUGGGCUUGAUUGGUGCAGCGGGCCUCAUUGCUGCCACCGCCAUGAACAAAUGGAGCGUCAAGGACAGGCAGGGGGACGUGGUGACAUCCGUUUACACCUACAAGGGUCUCUGGCAGGACUGCGAGACGGCUUCCUCGGGGUUCACCGAGUGUCGACCGAUGUACGGCCUCCUGGGUUUUUCAGGUGCCUUCCAGGCCGUGCGAGCCCUCAUGGUAGUGGGUGUGGUGCUGAGCGUCAUCGGGUCGGUGAUAUCAGUUUUCUCCUUGAAGUGCCUCACAAUGAACAGCAUGGAAGACAGCUCCAAGGCCAAGAUGAGCCUCACCGCUGGCAUCAUGUUCAUCAUUGCCGGUAUUUGUGGCAUAGCGGGAGCUUCCAUCUAUGCCAAUCAGAUCGUGGCCAGUUUCAGGAUGACCUCCUUCAACCCUAACUAUGGAGGGGGCUACGGAGAAGGAAUGAUGGGGCAGGGAAUGGGAGGAGGAUUUGGAGGAGGAAUGGGAGGCCUGCCCAGGUACACCUUUGGCCCAGCGCUGUUUGUGGCCUGGAUAGGAGGUGGUAUCUUGCUUGUGGGUGGCAUCCUGAAAUCUCUGGCUUUCAGGUCAAUGGUACAAGACGAGAAGCCACACUACCCAGGGGUUGCCUACAAACCUCAGUCCCACAGCAAGCCGGACUUAGAUGAUCACCAUUCAGAGGGCGCGAGGAGAGAGCAGAAAUACGUAUAA